GCAGCGCACGGGCCCAAGACCGGGAGCAGCCAUGCUGGGCACGCGAACUUGGCUGUGCCGCGGCCUCCUGCAGCUGCGCGCCAGCCCCUGCCUCGCCUCCAGCCGCAGGCCGAGAAGUUGGGGGAGGCUAACCUGGCAGGGAGCCCCCAAUGAGCCACCUUUCUUCAUCCCCCCCAAAACAUAAGGGGGAGCACAAAGGCCACAGUCUCCCCCGUGGUUCAGAAAGGGGUGGCUCCUCCCGGGACAAGGACCGCAGUGUGUCGGUCAGCAGUUCAGUGUCCAUGCCGGCCGGAGGGAAGGGCAGCCGCACCAACUGCGUCCAGUCCACGCCCCAGAAGGUCCCGAACCGCCUCAUCAGUGAGAAGUCACCGUACCUCCUGCAACAUGCCUACAACCCUGUGGACUGGUACCCUUGGGGUCAGGAAGCCUUCGACAAGGCCAGGAAAGAAAACAAGCCCAUUUUCCUUUCAGUGGGGUACUCCACCUGCCACUGGUGCCACAUGAUGGAGGAGGAGUCCUUCCGGAACGAGGAGAUUGGCCGCCUGCUCAAUGAGGACUUUGUCAGUGUGAAGGUGGACCGGGAGGAGCGGCCAGACGUGGACAAAGUGUAUAUGACCUUCGUGCAGGCCACCAGCAGUGGUGGGGGCUGGCCCAUGAGUGUGUGGUUGACUCCCAACCUCCAGCCCUUUGUGGGAGGCACCUAUUUCCCCCCUGAGGAUGGCUUGACCCGCGUUGGCUUCCGGACAGUGUUGCUGAGAAUACGGGAUCAGUGGAAACAGAACAAGAACGCGCUGCUAGAAAACAGCCAGCGUGUCACCACAGCCCUGCUGGCCCGGUCGGAGAUCAGCACGGGUGACCGCCAGCUGCCACCCUCUGCCGCCACCAUGAACAGCCGCUGCUUCCAACAGCUGGAUGAGGGCUAUGAUGAGGAGUACGGCGGCUUCGCCGAGGCCCCCAAGUUCCCCACACCAGUGAUCCUGAGCUUCCUGUUCUCCUACUGGCUCAGCCACCGACUCACCCAGGACGGCUCCCGGGCCCAGCAGAUGGCCUUGCACACCCUGAAAAUGAUGGCCAAUGGGGGCAUCCGAGACCACAUAGGGCAGGGCUUUCACCGCUACUCCACGGACCGCCAGUGGCACGUCCCCCACUUUGAGAAGAUGCUGUAUGAUCAGGGGCAGCUUGCAGUGGCCUAUUCACAGGCCUUCCAGAUCUCUGGUGAUGAGUUCUAUUCCGACGUUGCCAAAGGCAUCCUGCUGUAUGUGGCUCGGAACCUGAGUCACCGGUCUGGAGGCUUCUACAGCGCAGAGGAUGCAGAUUCGCCUCCUGAGCGGGGCAUGCCGCCCAAAGAGGGCGCCUUCUAUGUGUGGACGAUCAAAGAGGUCCAGCAGCUGCUCCCAGAGCCCGUGCUGGGUGCCACAGAGCCGCUGACCUCCGGCCAGCUCCUCAUGAAGCACUACGGGCUCACGGAGGCCGGCAACAUCAGCCCCAGUCAGGACCCCAAGGGGGAGCUGCAGGGGCAGAACGUGCUGACCAUCCGGUAUUCUCUGGAGCUGACUGCUGCCCGCUUUGGCCUGGAGGUGGAGGUUGUCCGGACCUUGCUCAAUACAGGGCUGGAGAAGCUCUUCCAGGCCCGGAAACGUCGGCCGAAGCCGCACCUGGACAGCAAGAUGCUGGCCGCCUGGAACGGACUGAUGGUAUCUGGCUACGCUGUGACCGGAGCUGUCCUGGGCAUGGAGAGGCUGGUCAGCUACGCCACCAAUGGUGCCAAGUUCCUGAAGCGACACAUGUUUGACGUGGCCAGCAGCCGUCUGAUGCGGACCUGCUACGCAGGAUCUGGGGGGACCGUGGAGCACAGCAACCCGCCCUGCUGGGGCUUCUUGGAGGACUACGCUUUCGUGGUGCGAGGUCUGCUGGACCUGUACGAGGCCUCGCUGGAGAGCGCGUGGCUCGAGUGGGCCCUGAGGCUGCAGGAUACGCAAGACAGGCUCUUCUGGGACUCCCGUGGCGGCGGCUACUUCUGCAGCGAGGCUGAGCUGGGGCCUGGCUUGCCCCUGCGCCUGAAGGAUGACCAGGAUGGUGCCGAGCCCAGCGCCAACUCCGUGUCGGCCCACAACCUGCUUCGGCUGCACGGCUUCACGGGACACAAGGACUGGAUAGACAAAUGUGUGUGCCUGCUGACCGCCUUCUCUGAGCGCAUGCGCCGUGUCCCCGUGGCAUUGCCCGAGAUGGUCCGAGCCCUUUCGGCCCACCAGCAGACCCUCAAGCAGAUCGUCAUCUGUGGAGACCCCCAGGCCAAGGACACCAAGGCUCUGGUGCAGUGUGUCCACUCCAUCUACAUCCCUAACAAGGUGCUGAUUCUGGCCGAUGGGGACCCCUCGAGCUUCCUGUCCCGCCAGCUGCCCUUUCUGAGUACCCUGCGGCGGCUAGAAGACCGAGCCACCGCCUACGUAUGUGAGAAUCAAGCCUGCUCCAUGCCUAUCACCGAGCCCAGUGAACUGCGAAAAUUGCUGCAUCACUGACUGCCGGGCCCCCCUGGGCUGGGACUGGAGCAGGAGGCGGAGCUCCCCAACCCACCAGAGAAUGGGCCCUGCAGGGCCCUGCAGAGCCUGCGGCCAACCCUGGGCACCCUGUCACCAGGUGACCUGGCCAUCCACACUGACCCCAUGGGCACCCACUCACCUUGAAAUAAACCUAACAGUGUCCCGCGGUGACCUCGGGGCCUUGU